ACCCAAUGCCACAUCGGAAUCACAUCGACUCUCUUAUAUACAUCGUUCUCUCUUUUAGCUUCUACAGUCUGCAGAAAAUGGCUCAGCAUUACCACUUAUCCUCUCUCUUGCUGCUUGCAUUUUUCAAUUUAUUCCUCAUUCAUGGCAACAUAACUGGUGUGACCGCACGCCACCUCCUAGAGACACCCACACCCCUCCCUGAGAUUCCUAAACCAGAACUCCCGAAAGUCCCAACCUUGCCAAAGCCUGAAAUCCCAACUGUGCCGAAGCCUGAGCUUCCAACCAUACCAAAGCCUGAGAUUCCAGUAGUACCAAAACCCGAGAUUCCUGCUAUGCCGAAGCCUGAGAUUCCAGUAGUGCCAAAGCCCGAGAUUCCAGCAAUACCAAAACCGGAGAUUCCUGCUAUGCCAAAGCCUGAGAUUCCGACAAUACCAAAACCUGAGUUUCCACCCUUGAAAAAGCAAGAAAUCCCAGCAACACCAAAGAUUGAGGUUCCUCCGGUGAAAAAGCCUGAAGUUCCAACUUUACCAAAGCCCGAGCAACCAAGUGUGCCAAAGCCUGAGAUCCCAGCUGUUCCAAAGCCUGAAAUCCCAGAACUACCAAAGCCAAAAGUCCCAGAACUUUCAAAGCCAGAAGUCCCAGCUGUGCCAAAGCCUAAAAUCCCCGAACUUCCAAAGCCUGAAGUACCAUCUACGCCAAAGCUUGAAAUCCCAGAACUACCAAAGCCAAAAGUCCCAACUAUGCCGAAGCCUGAAAUUCCAGAACUGCCUAAACCAACUCUUCCUUCACUUUCUCCACCACACAAACCCGCUACUCCUUGAGUAAAUUAUAUGCUACUUUCAUUCUAUCAGAAAGUACCCAACUGAUGUUUUUCCAUUCCAUCCUAGUCUUUGAAGUUUGUGACCUGAGCCAUGACAUUGGAGAAAGUAUUGGAUACUUUCUGCUAGGAGUAGAAAUUGCAAUUCUUUUACAGUAGUAUUUGAAUUGGGUGUACCAUGUUUGAUAUUUCAUUGUACUAUGUGAGUUAUUUUUAUGUACUUUUUAUAUAUAUUGUGUAAUAAAGCUUUGAUCUUUGUUACUCUGGUUUAA